AUGUUUUCAUUAUUUCCAAUUGUUCUUAUAUCAGCAAUCAUUAUUAAAUCGAAUGGUAUUCCAGUUCUGAAUAAUAAUGUAACUGAUGUUAAUAAUACUGACUCUCAAUUUCGUCUUGUAUGUGAUCGAAAUACUCCAUCGACCAGCAAUGAUAGUUUAUAUGAGCUUUUAAAUACAACUCAAUUCUGGUUUAUCUUAGCUCGAAGUAAAUUUGCCUAUGGCGAACGAACAUGGAACAAUGUUCUUAUGCAAACAACAAAAACAUCUAAUGAUACAGUUUAUUUAGAUUUUAUAGGAGAAAAUAGUAAUGGUACUUGUAUUAAUUCAGAAAAAGGUGAAAUUGUUUCAGAUACAAAAUCAAAUCGAGUAUCUAUUCAUUGGUCAGAUAAACAAGGUUUUGUGGAAAUGGUCUAUAGUGAUGAAAAUUUAAUUCAUUUAAUGCUAUGUUAUUCAGUUGAGUCGAAUACAACUGAUAUUUGUGCUCAUAAUCAAAGUGAACAAUUUGUUAUACAAAAAACCGAAGAAUAUCAAAAUGAUUCAAUAGUAUGGUUAAAAUCUCAUUGUUCUUCUCUUAAUCCAGAUGACUUCAUUGUCACUGAUAACCCAAAAAAAUGUGUACCAGUUGUUUCUCAACCAGAAGUUAUUGAAGUUAAUACAAUAGAACCACUGAAAAAUGACAAUAUAACAAUUUUUCAAACAACUUAUAUAAUAAUUGGUGAACAAGAAAAUGUAACUGUAACACCAAUGCCUGAGUCUGAAUUUACUACACGUACAAAUCGAACGAAUCGAUUGGAAAUUCUUGAAGAAUAUUACAAUAAGACAACUGGAAAUUCUACUGAUGAAGAACAUGUUGAAGAAACGACAGUUACAAAUAUCAAAGAAAUUUUUGUAUUAUCAGCAAAUGCAUCAGUUAUUGAUGAAUUAAAUCGAACAAAUAUAACCAUUAUUGAACCGAUUGAAUCUGUUGGAAAUGAAACGAUUGAUGAAAAAUAUCCUUUAGUUAUAUUAAAUCAAACAGUAAUAGAUGAAGCUGUAAAAGAAAUUUUAUUAGAAAAUCUGGAAACGACAGAAAAUAUUCCGACUAAAUCAUUAGAAAUCCAUAAUUCGACUGAAUUUAAUCUUAAUCUGACUACAUCAAUUCAUUCUGUAACCACAACAAUACCUACUUUACAUACGGAAAAAGAAUUUUUAAAUGAAACAACUAAAACUUCUCUCGUGGAAAAUUCAACUAUAUUAAUGAAUACAAAAUCUGAAGUACAUACUACUCCUAUGAUGGAAAUUACAACUGAAUUAAUGACAACUACCGAAGCAACAACAUCAACACCUGCUAUACCUGCUGAUUGUCCAAUUUUAAAAGAUUGUCAAUUUGAUUAUUGUGCAUUUGCUCGCAAAUUUGAUAAUCGUGGAUGUCCAACAUGCAAUUGCGUUCAAUCAAAUAAAUCAAAUAUAACCUGUCCAACAUUAGCUUGUCAAGCAUGUCUAUAUGGGCAUCAUACAGAUCCUAAUGGAUGUUCUGUUUGUCAAUGUCAAAGUCGUCCAUAUCCAUUAUUAGGUGAACGUUGUCCAUCAUUAAGUUGUGAACCAUGUUAUUUUGGUACAGUUAAAGAUGAAUAUAAUUGUGAUACAUGUGUAUGUAUUCGACCAAAUAAUCAAGAAUGUCCAGUACUUGAUUGUACAUUUGGACCAUGUAAAUAUGGUUCAAUUAAAGAUGAAGAUGAUUGUCCAACAUGUGAUUGUUUAUUACCAACAAAUAAUACAACUGAAGUUAAUUGUUCAACAUCUAUUGCAUGUCCUUCAUGUCAUCUUGGUUAUGUAAAAGAUGCUGAUGGAUGUCAAACAUGUCAAUGUAAAUUACGUGGUAAUGUUCCAUGUGCAUCAAUUUCAUCUCAAUGUUAUUGUGAUUAUGGAUCUUAUUUAAAUUCUGACGGAUGUGAAACAUGUUCAUGUUUACCGGAUCCGAAAAAUGCUUCACGACAAGCAUGUUGGGAAUUAUCGAAUCAAGCAAAUUUUCAUAAUAUAACUGGACCAUCAUGUUCAUUAGAUGGAUCAUUUUAUGCACGUCAAUGUGAUAAAACACAAUCGAAAUGUUGGUGUGUUACACCAACUGGUCUUCACAUUACUGGAUUUGAAUCAGGACCAGACGAGAAUGUUAAUUGCGCUUGUGCAGUUGAAUUAUAUCAAGUCUCAAGUCUUCGUAUGAUUGGUCAUCAUUUAUUAUGUUUAUUAAAUGGAAAUUAUGCUCCUAUUCAAUGCGAUGGUCGUUAUUGUUCAUGUGUUGAUGAAAAUGGUAAAGCAAUAGGACCAAGUGUAUCAAUUCAAAAUCGUGAUCAACUUCGAUGUGUUGGUGUUUAUCAACAACUUCAUCCAGAACGAUUUAUAUCACAUCGAUCAAGUAUUAUAGAAACAGAUCAUUCGCGAUUACCAUAUGGAAUUUCUUCAUCAUUAUGUUUAAAACAUCUUGAACAAGUUCGUAAUGCAAAUAUUACUGAUGAUCAUAUUCUUAUUCCUGAAUGUGAUAUUAAUGGUUUAUAUUCAUCUGUACAAUGCGAUCAAAGUGAACGAUUUUGUUGGUGCGUAGAUAAAAAAACAGGUGUUGAAGUAGAUGGUACACGUCGACUCAAUGCACGACCUAAUUGUAUUAUUCUCUAA